UGAUAUCUUCAAUUCGUUCUUCUGGCUUCUGACAGCAGACCCAGCAUCCAGCAGACACUUGUAAAGGUUUAGUUGCACGGUUUCUCGCGGAAAAGAUCGCGUGGGAAUUACACGUCAAUCUUUAAAAUAAUGUAGAAUUGACUAAAUAAAACUUUCAUCAAUUCUCUCGCCACUUGAAUCUACGCAUUCUUAAUAACGAAGUAUAAUUCCUCAGGUAUUGAUCACUAUACAACAAGAUGAUGUCUGAUCGGAAAGCUGAGUUGGAGAGGAAGAAGGCAAAAUUGCAAGCUAUCAGGGAAGAAAAGGAAAGACGCAGGAGGGAAAAAGAACAGAAAGAUGUAGAGGAGGCGAUUGUUAGGGUUGGGACUGGCACGGAGAAAGAUCAGCAGAAGGAGAUAGAUGCAUUGCUGUGUGGCUUGAAUAUAGCACCAGUAUCAGAUGUAUUAUCUAAUUUAUCUAGUAUGAGUUCGUUAACUCCUGAACAAAGUGCCAAUGCUACACCAGAUGCCAGUUUGCAACCUUCCAGCAUAAAUUCUGCUCAAAGCAGCGCAAGUCGGAAAAAGAAUCGGGAGCUCACAGUUGUUUCUGUGGCCCAUACGAACAUUCCACCAAAAGAACCAGUUGUCUACAGCAAACAAACGCAGACUAUUCAGACAACGCAUACAUCCCACGACGGACUGUCCACAUCGUCCUCUGCAUACACCAUCUACUCCUCCUGUUCAACAACAACACCAACUCACUCUUGCUCCGCAGGCUACUUUGAGACUGACUGGUGGCGCCCCAGGAAAGGUGGGUCUGCACCAAACUACCUAUCUCAUGCAUUCGACUAUUACGACGAGUACAAUCUAAAUCCUGGUUUAGAAUGGGAGGACGAAUUUACAGUUUUGACAUUUGAUGAUGGCCAAGCCGAAGACGAAGAAAAUAGCUUGCCGCAUAUGGAUGGUUUCCAAAGUAAGCUCCCACCAGGAAUUCUCCCUCAUGGACUGCCGCAAGUUAAGGAAGUCCAGCCUGCCGUGACGCAAGUAGAGCAAGAGAAAGAGAAAGAAAAACCCAAGAAAGAAGUACGAGAACUUAGUGAAGAAGAGAAGCAAAUGAUUAUUCUGUCCGAGGACUUUCAACGAUUCCUCGAUCGCACUAGCAGGAUUGUGGAGAGAGCAUUAGGCGAAUCAGUCGAUAUUUACACUGAUUACACUGGUACUAUGGAUGGUGAAGAUGGAAUGGACGAGAAGAGUCAUCAACGACUUUGGCUAAAUCGUUCGUUUAUCUGCGAACGAUGGUCCCGUAAUCGUUGUGUAACUUCUAUGGACUGGUCGCCCCAGUUUCCCGAGCUUUUAGCGGCUUCGUACAAUAACAACGACGACACUCCAAACGAUCCUGACGGAGUAUGCCUAAUCUGGAAUACGAAAUUCAAGAAAACAACCCCGGAAUUUAUCUUUCACUGUCAAUCGCCUGUUAUGUCCACCACGUUCGCCAGAUUUCAUCCGAAUUUGAUCUUGGGCGGCACUUAUUCUGGCCAGAUUGUACUUUGGGACAAUCGAGUACAGAAGAGAACUCCCAUACAGCGCACUCCUCUGUCCGCUACCGCGCACACUCACCCUGUAUACUGUUUGAACGUCGUUGGAACGCAAAACGCGCACAAUCUGAUCAGUAUUUCGACGGAUGGGAAAUUGUGUUCGUGGAGUCUAGAUAUGUUAUCGCAACCGCAGGAAGCGUUGGAAUUGCAUACGAAGCAAUCGAAAGCGAUUGCUGCUACAUGCUUGGCCUUUCCGCAUGGUGACGUUAAUAAUUUCGUCAUGGGAAGCGAAGACGGGACCGUUUAUUCAGCCUGCCGACACGGUAGCCGCGCCGGGUUAACAGAAACAUACGAAGGUCAUCAGGGACCGGUCACCGGCAUUAGCGCACACGCAGUACAGGGCGGGAUAGAUUUCUCCCAUCUGUUCCUGACGUCUUCCCUCGAUUGGACUAUUAAACUCUGGAGCCUCAAAGAGAAUAAGCCGCUGUAUUCUUUCGAGCAUAACGGUGACUAUGUCUACGAUGUCGCCUGGUCGCCGACACACCCGGCGCUGUUUGCUGCUGUUGACGAUUCAGGCAGGCUGGAUUUGUGGAAUCUGAACCAGGAUACGGAGGUACCUACCGCUAGCGUUGUCGUCGAUGGGUCCCCGGCUCUGAACAGAGUGUCGUGGACGCCGAGCGGAUUACACGUCACUGUCGGAGAUGAUACGGGUAAAAUAUGGGUCUAUGAUGUCGCCGAGCAUUUAGCUCAUCCAAGGAUUGAUGAAUGGAACAAGUUUUUGUACACGCAACAGGAUCUGAAGAACAACAAAGCAGAUGAAGAAUUGGAUAAACUUAAUCUUAGUUCUGGACCGUCUUCAUUAACAUCUAUGACAUCUAUUUCAUCAAUUCCUCUGAGAUAAAAAACAUAAGUUUGUUUAAUUGUUUUAAUAAUUUCUUAUUAAAAUUAAUUAUCACAUAUAAAAUAUUGAAAAAUUUUGAUUACUGUGCUUUGUGAUGAUUUUAUUAGAUAUAAUAUUAAAUGGAUAGUUGCCAAUAUUUUUUAUUUUUUGUUAUUAAUGGAAGUUAGCUAUAUUAAAACAACUUGUACUACUUAAAGAUAUACAUAUUAAAUGUGCUAAACAUAUUAAUAGUAAUUCUAAUAGAAAUAUAUCUUUCAUUAAUAUGAUAAGAUAUAUAUUAGUUAAAUAUAUUAUUGGAAUUUUAAUAAACAUUUAGAUUGUAUAUUAAAAUAUUUUUAGGGAAUUUGUUGAUAAAAGUCUUAUUUAUAUAUAUGUAUGUGUUUUGCAAUAAUUUAUAGAUAUCGUCAAGACACUUAUGAUAAUAUAUCACAUAAUGCCGUUCAGGAGAUUAAAGCCAUUGAUCGAAAAUUGUAGAAGUAAAUAUUCUCUGAAUUUUGGGCGAUAUUUGUUGUGACAUAUUCAUUAAAUGUUGGUAUACUUAUUAUGUAAUCCCCAGUUAAAGUAAUUUGCUCAUAUAAUUCAUUUUAUUUGUUCAUCUCUCACAAUAAUCGUUAUUUUAAGAAAUGUAUAUUUAUUAAAACAUUUUUGUAAUAUUUUAUUUAAUUCAAUACAAGUGUAUAUUAUUUGUUAUAAAGUAUCGCAAAUAAAACCUUCAUAUGCACA